AUGCAAGGACAUUGUUGUGAGAAGUGCCCCGCUGGUUGGACUGAGUUUGACUCUCGCUGCUUCAUGUUUCACUUUGCUGAGAUGGACUGGUCUGAUGCUGAGAAAACUUGCAUUGAACUUGGUGGGAAUCUGGCUUCAAUCCAAACAGCGGAGGAUUACAAUGCCCUCAGAGAGAUGGUUAAUAGAGCAACAGGCACAGACAGAGACACUUGGCUUGGAGGCUAUGAUGCAGUUAAGGAGGGUGCGUGGAAGUGGAGUGAUGGCUCAAAGUUUGAAUUCAGUGGCUGGUUCAAAGGGGAGCCAAACAAUGCUGGAGGAAUAGAACACUGUAUGGAGAUGAACUCUAAAGGACGGGACUACGUCAACGACAUGAAGUGUAAUGAGAGGAGAUCUUUCAUUUGUGCCAAGGACACAAUAUCUGAGCCACAAUAA